AUGCUGCGAGCGUCAACGCACCGCCUGAUCGUCUGGUACAACGCGCGGCUGACGGCAGCGCCUUACUCCACCAAAGCCGUCGGCACCGGCGUGACCUAUACUUUCAGCGACCUUACAGCACAGGCCAUCGAGGCCGAGCCACGAGCUGUGGGAGAGCGCGUCGAACGGGCGCUCAAGUUCGGAGCCGUGGGCGGCCUGUGGGUCGGACCGCUGUUGACGCACUGGUUUAACUUUAUGGAGCGCAUGCUGCCGGGCGCGAGCCUGCGGCCGCUUGCGAUCAAGCUCUUUGUGGACCAGACCGUGCAGGGCCCGUUGAUGAUCGGGUCCAUGUUCUGCUGGUGCGCCCUGGCCAAUGGCGCCUCGCUGCCCGCCAUCCGCGCCAAGCUCGAUGAGGAGCUCUUCUCGACGUGGUGCGCGUCCGUGUGGGUGUGGGCGCCUGUGCAGGUGCUCCAGCAAGCGGUGGUGCCUCUCCAGUACCGCGUCGCGGUGUCCAACCUAGUCUCGUACUUCUGGGACACCUACCUCUCGCUGCAGAUGAUGCCGGCGCCGGCGGAGGCGGGAGCGCCCGUCGAUCCCUUCCCGCGGCAGGCGGCGACGGCGGCGGCGCCCGGCGCACAGCCGCUCUUGCGGCGCCGGUCGAGCACUUUCCUGCGCGACGAGCCACCCACUCCCAGUGAGGCCAAGCUGGUGAAGCGGCGAUCGAUCCUGGGUCCGGCAGAACACAAGUGA